AUGAUGACACCUGGCAAUUGUGGGGCUGCGUUCUCAGCACAGAUGUGGACAGGAGCCUACAGGGGCCUGUUCAGCGGUGACGAGUCUGUGGAAGGAACAGGCUGCCCUCACAGGAAGUGUGAGUUCCCAGCUGCAUAAUAUUCCACUGGGCAGAUACACCAUCGUUUAUUCAACCACUCUCCUACGUAUGGACAUUGAUGUUGUUCCCAAUAUUUCAUAAUACCAUCAAAGCUGCAGUGAGUAAUCUCGCACCUAUGUAUUUUCUUAUCGUCAGAAGUGUAUCUGCAGAGUAAAUUCCUAGAAGUGGGAUUGCCGAGUCAAAAAGCUUAACAGAGAAGGCUUGUUUCUGCUUCUGUUGGUGCCCAACCCAGGAGUUCUUUCAGCUCCAUUGAGGAUUUCAGCUCAACACAGUUUUAAGCAUCGUUUCCCACCUCGCUGCUGUUCCAAGAUGUCAGGAGAAAGCAACUGCAAGGUAAAACACAGAUCCCACCACCCUUCCAAGAACUUGAACCAGCACGAGGCACAAGAACACUCCAAUUCCUGGUCUCUGGAGAUGCUGUUACGCAGACUGAGGGCCACAGAAGCCAACCAGGAUGACAAGUUUGCCCACGUCCUGGAUGCGGUGGGGGAGUUCGGCACAUUCCAGCGGAGACUGGUGGUCCUCACCUUCAUCCCCAACAUCCUGUUGGCCUUCUUUAUCUCUGCCGACGUCUUCGUGUUCACAGCCCAGAAGCCCUAUUGUAAUACCAGCUGGAUUCUAGCAGUGGGCCCCAACCUCACAGAGGCUGAGCAGAUGAACCUGACCCUGCCCCGAGAACCCAAUGGAAGUUUCCAGACGUGCCUCAUGUACUUGCCCGUAGCCUGGGACCUGGAUUCUAUCAUCCAGUUUGGCCUCAACCACACAGAGUCAUGCCAAGAUGGGUGGAUCUACCCUGACACCAAGAAGCGAUCACUGGUCAAUGAGUUUGACUUGGUGUGUGGCAAGGAGCAGAACUCGGAGAGCACGCAGACCAUGUUCACCGCGGGCAUCCUGACCGGGUCCCUCAUCUUCGGACUCAUGAGUGACAAGCUGGGCCGCUACCCCACCAUCCUGAUGUCGCUGCUGGGGCUGAUCAUCUUCGGCUUCGGGACAGCCUUCGUCAGCACCUUUCACCAGUACCUGUUCUUCCGCUUCGGCGUGUCCCAGGCCUUGGUGGGCUACACCAUCAGCAGCGUGUCUUUAGCCACUGAGUGGCUAGUGGCUGAGCACCGGUCCCAUGCCAUCAUCCUGGAACACUGCUUUUUCUCUGUGGGAGUCAUGUUCCUGACAGGGCUUGCCAACAGCCUUCCCCACUGGCGGCUGCUGUUUCUGGUGGGUGGCGCGCCCGUGUUCCCCCUCAUCUUCUAUAUCUGGAUCCUGCCGGAGUCCCCACGGUGGCUGUUGAUGAACGGGAAGUUGGAGGAAGCGAAGCAGAUGCUGUGCUACGCGGCUGGCGUGAACAAGAAGACCAUUCCCCUAAGUCUGCUGGACAAGCUCCAGCUGCCCAGAAAGAAGGUGACUAAGGCAUCUGUCCUGGACUUUUAUAACAAUAGGCACCUCCGAAAGGUGACCCUGGUGAUGGGCUGUGUGUGGUUUACUGUCAGUUACAGCUAUUUUACACUGUGCUUCAAGUUGAAGGAUUUUGCCAUGAACAUCCACUUCAGACAAGUGAUUCCUGGCAUCAUGGAGGUGCCCGCCCGGCUGUGCUGCAUCUUUCUCCUCGAGCAGAUCGGGAGGAAGUGGAGCCUGGCUGUGAGCCUCUUCCAAGGCACCCUGACGUGCCUGCUUAUCCUUAUCCUCCCCCCAGAGCUGAAAUCCAUAAUGGUCUUGAUGGUCGCGCUUGGAGAGUUCAGCCUGGCGGCCUCGGUUACCGUGUUCUUCAUCUACACCGCUGAGCUCCUGCCCACGGUCCUCAGGGCGACAGGUCUGGGGCUGGUGUCCCUGGCCUGGGCAGCUGGAGCCAUCUCGUCCCUGAUGAUCAUCAGCCAGAGACUCACCCUCCUCCCCAUCCUCCUCUGCUGCGUCUCAGCCAUCCUGGCCUUGUUCUUCUGCUCCCUGUUGCCAGAAACGCAAGACCAGCCUCUCCCUGAUAUCCUGGAGCACUACCCCCUACAGACAAGGAACGUGGCUGAGGAACUGCUCGCCAAGGAAGUGGCACCCGAAGGUGGGACUGGGGACGUGGUGAGGAACACGGUUCUCGAUUCCACGAUGCUGAAACUGGACUCCGACGUUCUCUCCCACACACCUGUGCCGGGCAGAGCAGGGGACACAGACCCACGGAAUGACUGAGGUCCAGGCCCCCAGACGAUCUCGACCGGAGCCGAGUGGCUGGAUAAGCACGGUCUCGGGGACUACCCAAACCACAUCCUUGGGUAUUCCUUCCCUGACGACUCCAGCCUGGCUGACCUCUGACCUCCACCUCCCUGAGGAUAAGCCCCCACAUCCAGCUUACAGUCCCAACUACCCUGAGGGUGAGUCUGCCCUUCCCAGCCAGUGUGAGAGCUUCUCUAGACUGGAGAAGGCCCAGAGCUCCUCAUCCGUUAGCCAGACUCAGAAACCUUUGGGUCGGGCCAUGGGCCGCACAUGCUUUCUCCCUGGGAGGGCAGGGCCUGGCUCUUCUCUUUCUCUGCCCCCU